UGUGUCGAAAGUUGUUUGUUUCGAGGCAGGAUCGAGCGAGUUACGCGUGCAACGAUACACGACGCGGCCAGACACGUUCGAAACAUUCUCAAAUUCACGUUCGAACCGAACGAUUUCUUGGCGGACGCGUUGCCGCCGCGACUACGAGACAACGACGACGACGACGGUGAAGAAGAAUGUACGAAGAUUGUGUGUUGCAAUCGAUGCGGUUCCCGCAAAAGCUUUGGAAGAUCGUGAACGAGUGCAAGACCGGCGCAAUCCGAUGGGGCGCGAACGGCGAUACCAUACUGCUCGAUUACAAAAGAUUCCAAACAGAGUAUCUGGACGCACAACGGCCCAUCUUCAAGACAACCAACAUCACGAGUUUCAUCAGGCAAUUGAAUCUCUACGGCUUUCGCAAAGUGACGUACGCGCACAGCCGCGACCCGAUUUGCAACUCCCAUAAUCCACACGUCCACGAGUUUCUGCACGACAGUUUUCGCACCGAUCGCACGGACCUGCUAUCCAAGGUUUGCCGGAAGGCCAGCGGCAGCAAGGGUAAAUGUUUCCAACACGACGCUACCAAAAGUGCGGAAGAUACUCCAGGAUUGAGGAUCAACUACGUCUCCCGCUUGAAGAUGUGUCAGUUGGCUUUAACUAAAACUUUGGAGCAGAUUACUCAGGAAUAUCGACAGAAACAAGAAGAAAGAUUGAUAAUAAUGAAGCAUAAUAAUCUGAAAAGGAUAAAGUCCCAGGAUACAGUUGCAAGCUUGCACAAGAUCAGAUUCAACAAAAUUCCAAAUUGGAGGCCCACUAUAGAGAGGAAUACGAAAUAUUCAACAUUCUCUCCCUCAAUCAAUGCAUCAUUCGAACAUGAAAAAAUCUCAUCUUGGCGUAUUAUUACAUUGGACAAAUAAGACUUGCAAAUAGAAUCCGAAAUAAUUAUUGAAGUUGUCUUAGAACUAUUUGUUUUAAUGCUCAGACAAUAUUUGCAUUGCUAACAUAAAGACAUGGAGUUUUCAGUUAUGCGAUAUUUUGUAUUUUGA